GCGCUCUCUCCCUCCGCCGCUAGCCGCUAGGUGCCGAGGCCUUCAUCGGUCUUCCGCUGGCGACGGUUCGCCUCGCGCGUGCGACGCCUGGGUGGACAACCGCCGCGGCGGCCUCAGGUGCCGAGGCAUUCGUCGGUGUCUUAGCUGGCGACGAACACCACCAGAUCCCUACUAACUUCGAACCUUUUGCAAAAGUUAUCGAGUGUGCAUGUGUACAUCCAUGCCCCUUUAUUGGCUCCGCCCCAGGUGGCCGACGAAUUUGCAACGUCUUUAUAAGACGGCUGUAAAUCUGUGACAGUUAAUAUUUUGCAGUUGAAGCUCUGUGAUUUUGCUGUGGGCACAUUCUGUUUAUUGUCUUAUGAUAUGGCAGAAUCACGGACUGUUUCGAAUUCUGAGAAUAAGCGCACUCUCCCAGCAUGGAUGUUGAAAGCAACCUCAGGUAAUCAAACAGCAAAGACCGCAGAUCAGAAUAAGCAGGCACUGGAAUCUGCUGACAUUGGGGCUCUUGAUCAGAGCAAACCCAUCAAAAGGAACAACAGACGGCCGCUAAAAAACUUGGAUUCAGUAGCUGCUGGUGAACUGGGAGUUUUGCAGCGAUGUGAGGGUAGAGGAAAGGCCAGAAGGAAGAGCAAGGAUGCUGUCAAAGAUGAAGUUGAAGAAAUUGUGGAAUUAAAGAGUAAGAAUGCAAGAAAAACGAGUGGAAGAGGUGCUGCAAAGAAUAGCAAGAAACGGAAGUUGGAUAAUGUCGAAUCAGGACCAUCAUCGCCAGUAUCAACUGAUGAUGACAUAGAGCUUACUGUUGAGGAUCUUGUGAGCAUAGCUGAAGAGUUUGUUAAUGCUGAUAAACAGAAGCAAUGUGAACUACAAACUGUGGAGGUUACCAGGCAUAAAGAGCAUCAUCUGUGCCCUAAAAUUUCCACUGAGGUAGAUAGAGGGCAGUCAGUAGUAAAUGCUCAAUCAGUGAAAGGAUCGAUGCAGUGCGCAACAGCCACAAGUAAUACAGGUGCAAUCAAGUAUACAGAAGAUGAGAGCACUAGCCAUCAAGAAGUGCAAUUUUCAAGUUUCAAAACGACAGAAGAUGUUGCUCAGGAUAUGAUAAACCUGUUAUUCGGUCACCUAUUGAGUAAACCUGUUGCCAACACAGAGAAGUCUGAUCCUGUAGAAUCAACGACUAGAACUGUAAAUCAGGUGCCAGAGGGGAGAGGCUGGCACAGCGAAGUACCAAGGCAGGAGGAACCUGUGAAGAAACCAGAGCCUGUAGUAGAAUCAAUGCCUACGACUAUAAAUCAUGUGCCAGAGAAGAAAGACUGGCGUAGCGAGUUAACAAAGCUGGGCGAACCUGUGGCAAAGAAGAAGAGCAGCCUCAGGGACAAGGUGGCCUUGUUUCUUUGACUGCAUCAGAUGAGAUUUGGGCAGUAGAUUGUGAUUCGUAUGGGACCGUGUCUGCUGGUUCUGAGCGUGUCCCAGUCCCACGGCAUUGUUUUUGCAUAUAGUUAUACCUUUGGUUAAUAAGCUGUCCUCUUUAAAUCUAGCAAGCCAGCCCUCACUGUUGCUAGAUGGUAUUCCUGUGUAUAAAGGAUGCAUGGUGCAUUUUCUGUUGGUUGAAGUACGACUGUAUGAAGUAUCGGUGUUCCUCAACGCGACAACUACACUAGAGGGAAGCGGUUUAAACAUCGUAGAGUUAUUAGGCAUGGAGGAGCCCAGCUAUCUCCUUACUCGCCAUGGAGCCUUUGCAGAAGUUGCUGGAGACUGACACAGCUGAGAGUGUCCUGUUCCCAAUCAUUUACAGUGCUGCAAAACUAUGGAUCAGUAUGGGCGCUGAUGAUGCAGCCAUCUUCGUAAAAGUGGUAAUGGAUCGUUGUCUAUCUUUGGGAGGUUUGGUUGCUAAUAAACAAGCAGAAGUCCAAUCUAAUGUGAUGACCUUAACACGAUUGAUAUUAUGAAGUGGUUAAUGUCCAAUUAAGUGGUAAUGUGAAGCUUCUCAACAAAGCUGGCUGAGUGAAACUGCUAAACUAAGUGUAUAGGAUCAGAAGAGGUUUCCUUUGGACAAGCUCUGGCGAUCGGCAGAUGCAAAAAUUUGGGGGCAUUGAGUGUCAGACCUGGAUGUGCACAGAUUGCCACUCCCGGUAAUGCUGUUGACAGGCAGUUCAUCAAGGCCAACACCAUCCUCACUCUUGGGGAUGAGGAAUACCAAUGGACAUGGGUGUCGAACUUCUACGCCGCAUGCAACAAGAACAGAACGGUCAGGGACGUUUUGCACGGAGUAUGUUUCUUGAAUACGAAAACAGUGACAGAGAUGGCAGAAUUGUUAUGCUAUGGGACUUUCUCAGUAACAGAAAGACCUGACGAGAAUGAAACCGGUUAGCUCUGGCACCACAACCGGAAGAGCCGCGACAAAAGCCGUGGGCGGGGCUUGUGCCUUGUGGGGAGGAGUCCUGUCAAACGAGUUUGGCUCCGGAGCGGGGCUCCUGUCUUUAUGUACUCCCCUGUUCCAAAAUAGUUGUUUUAGCCUUUUAACAAAUUCAUUCAAUAAUUAAUAUAUUUGUUUUGUAUA